CUUUUGUGUGUGUAUAUGUGUUUUUAUGUGUGCGCGCAUGCAUGUUUGUGUGUAGCACAAGCAUUCGUGACCCCAAGUUGACUUCGCCAGGUGCUGUGGAAGGCUGUGCAGGCAGCAGAGUACAGUAUGAGACAUUACAAUAGAGAAGGCAAGGGAGAAGGGAGAGAAAGAAAGACUGGGGAGAUGGUCAAGGCUGGGAGAGAAAAGCAAAAGGAGCAGGAAACCCGUAGGAACAAAGCGGGUGACAAAAGCUAAUUCCAGUAAUGAGAUAAGCCCUAGUCCCUGUUUAAGCCAGGCUGAACACACUCCAGUCUGUGGAUGAUUUCUUGUUCUGCAGUUUCUCGUUCAAACUGCAUGUUUUCCCAUAAAAAAUUGGCAGCCUGAGAACAGCAAUCCUGAGGGUAGUGAUGGAGUGUCCAGGGCAGUUGAAAUGUUCUGCCACAGGCCUUUGUGUCUUUCUGCAGCUGACGUCAGAUCGGUGUUCAUUCUUUUUUACGUGUAGAGAUCGCCCUGCCUGCUCUUUGUAGACAGCAGACAGGCAUUGUAAGCAGCCGAUGGUGCUUGUGACAUUAGUGGAGUUGCAGGUGGAGCUGGCAGAUGUGAUGUGGGGCCCUUGGAAAUGCAGCCUCCCAAUCAGUGUGACCUGGCUGCUCUGCCUGGCAGGUCAUUGGUAUGCACAGGCCACUUGUCCUGAUAUCACUGUGACUCGAGAGGUUCUCAAAGAUGGAUUUCACAGAGACCUACUAACAAAGGUAGAACUUGGAACAGUGGGUGAGGACAUAGGAUGUUGCAGUGUGGCGAUUAAAGAACAUCUUCCAGCAGGACUCUAUGUGGACCCCAAUGAGCUGGCAUUGUUACAACAGCACAAUCAAACUGAGGCCCUUAUAGUUCCAGAUGCUGUUGAUGUGGAAGCUCCAGAAUACUUGGCCACAGACCUUGUUGUUUUCAUUUACAUGAAACCGGACCCUCGAUGUACUCACUGCUUUCAAGCCACAUUGCCUGUGCACUGUCGUUACCACCGGCCAACAGAGAAUGAUGGGAGAGUGCCUGCUGCACUGAAGAAUCCUGAAAUACUGAUCCGCUGUCCUGAAAGUUUUCCACCAAUGAAGUGUUGGAAGCAUUCUCAUGUAGAAGCACCCUGUUCAGUGAGAACUGAGUCCACCUGUCAUUGGAACAAUGUGAAGUAUAAGCCUGUAAAUAAGGAACUGAUUCUGCAGGUUCCAGUGGGACUCAAGCAACACAGUUCCUUAGUAUGUGCAGUGACACUUCUUACCACAGUCUUGUGUUUGAGUCUGGUUCUUGCAGCCGUAUGCAAACAUGGUCACUUCUUCCUGGUGAACUGCUCAUAGUGAAACCAAACAUGGCCUUAUUGUAUGAAGCCAUAUGGAUUGAGACUACAGCCUCAGGAUCUCAUGGGCAUCAUUCUUCAUCUUCUGCUGAAACUCAAAGAGCUCGUCUUGUGACUUCUCCUACUGCAGGUUGACAAGUGCUCCAACCCUGGUUUCUUGUUCUCCCUCAAUUCAGUGCUGGAUGAUGAUGGCUGUGUCUACUUCAUGCACUACCUCAGUUCACAACUCCUUUUGCAUCUGUUUGGGGAAAGGGAGAAGUUAAAGAAAAGAAUUGCAGAUAGACUUUGUUACCUAUUUACAGGUUUCCCUCACCAACUGAGGGAGUUAGGCUCCUAAAAGUUUCCAUGGAUAGCAAAACGUGGUUGGUAAGACAAAAGGGUUAUGGGAAAAAUAGGGUAUGGGACUUGAAUAUGAAUAAUAAAGGAACAUACAAUGUAUAAAAAUCAUUGUUUAUAUUCGCCAGACUCUCUACAUGUGCUAGAUGAUUCAACAACUCCUUUUGUUUCCAAGGACAUCACUUUCCUUGCUCUCUUCACAAAUUGCUCACCUUCACCACUCACUUGCUUAGAGGCCAUGAUUAAGGGCAAAAUGCAAAAAUCUCAAAGAAAUUGGAAGACAAAUGCAGAGUACCUGCAACUGGAUGGUUAAUAGUGUGAAGCACAAUGCGAGACUGUGUGAGUGAGGAGAUGGGAGCGCCACAAGUGGCUAGCAAGAGCGCGGGUUGUUUGAAAUGGCAGGUGGCAGGCUGAUGCGUGGGCAUGGAAAACCGUGGUUACUCAAAACUGUAUACCAUGGUAGCCAAAAUGGUAUAUAGAAUAUUAAGUGUGGAUACUCAAAACUGUGGUUGGCAAAACCGUGGCUGGCAAGGGAAACUGAUAAUCAUAUCUGAGCAGCUGGACUGGGAUAAAAUCAGCUCUGAGCUAUUGUUUAA